CAAACCAUAGCUUCUUGGAAAUAGGACUACAGAAUUCACUGAACACUUAAGAGGAGACUAGAUAUAGCAGUCAGUCCACAUAAUGCGGGCCCAGGAUGGUCUAGAUCUGGAAGGUUAAUUACUGAGACCCACCUGCUGACCCUUGCCCAUGUUCUUCUGCUCCAGGGGACCUGUCCUCCUGCACUCCCCAGGAAACAUGCUUAUCUUCUGGAUGUCUUGUGGAUCACUUCUCCCUCUCCUGGUCCUCUGCUAUAAUGGAAAAGAUCGCUGCACAAUCCAGGAGAACAAACAAUAUCAUGUGUCCCCUGUGUUUGAGUCCCUGCGGUGCUACAAUGACUACAGCUCCUACGUCCGCUGUAGCUGGGAAGAGAGUCCACACGCGUCCUCACAAGCCCUGUUAGCCCUAUACUACUGGGACGACACUGAGAACCGUGAGUCCCCGUGUAAACCCUAUGGUCAGCCAGCAUUGAAUGCCAAAAACGGCAAGCUCGCCGCCCAGUGUCAGUACAACACUCGUGACUUUGGCAUCAAUACCAACCAUGUCUUCUUCUUCAAGACCUCCUGUCCCCCUGCCCUGCUUCUGUCUAAGAAUUUGAGGGUGCGUCCACCAGUCCAUUUAUCACAGCAGCUUGUAGAGAGAGGGGGACGUUUGCUCAGCUGGGAAAGCCCCUACCCCCCAACGUCCCUCCUGACCCCCACUCUCAACUAUCAGGUCAACUACAGGAGGUCUAACCAGGAUGACUGGACAGCAGUGAAGGUUCAAGACACCCAGCUGAGUUUGGAGCCUGAAGCUCAGGUGCCUGGCUGCCAGUAUGAGGCCAAGGUUAGGGCAAAGGGGAAGACGGGACUGUGGAGUGAGUGGAGCUCUCUAGUGACCUGGAUGACUGAGGACGACCCUGUGCCAGGCCCCUCCAGUGCGCAGUGUGUGGUGGAUGACGAGAAAGUGGUGACAUGCAGCUGGGAGGUGAAGAGAGACGUGGCUCAGUUCCUUACCUUCCAUCUGUCCUGCAAACGCAACCACACUGCACCAGCCCAGAAAUGCUGUGUUAACACCAUGGUCAGCGCUUCGUCCAGGGGUCCAAUGCUCAAAUACAGCUGCUCCUUCCCUGUUCCAGACUCAGAACAGCUAGAGGUGGAGCUCAUCCCCACAUGCAACAGCAAAACGUUUAAAACACAUAAAAACAUUCGUCCAAACCGUCCACUCCACGUGCAGAUAGAAGCGAGAGAUGGGAACUGGAUUCUAAAAUGGAAUCCGCCAAAAUCAAAUUUUGAACUCACCUAUCAGGUGCACUAUUGGAGUAAUGACACUCAGGAGGAUACUAGGUUCCUCAAUGUCUCCCAGGGGUCCCUCUCACUAUCCAUCCUGGGGGGGUCCCUGCGCCCCUCUGAGUGCUACCUGGUUAAGGUGAGAGCCCUGGUGGUCCCGGGAAGGGGUGAUACUUUCGAAGGACCCCCCUCCGAAUGGACCGACCCAGUGGAGUGGACCUCACAACCAGCUUCCUGGUCCAUCACCACCUUCCUCUACGUCUUCAUCAGUGUACUGGUGGCCAUUGUCUUCAUCACUCUCUAUGUUACCAUACCAGCCUGUCACAGGAGGCUAGUCUUGUGGGAGGUGUCUGUCCCGUCACCCCUUAAGAGCAAGGCACUGGGAGAGGUCAUUAAGAAGUCUCCUGAUAGGUUGUUAUUUCCCGAGAGUGAGAGAAGUGAAAAUACCUACAUCUGCAGCGUACAGACACUGGAGAGCAGGGAGGAUAUCAGGCUCUGCUUUUGCUGCUCUUCAGAUAAUCCAUUGUGGUUGACCCCAGAUGUAAAGGCCAAUGGACUGUUCCAUUCCAUUACCAAGGAGGAGUGGAAGAAGUAUGACCCAAACUUUUCCUCAAUACUUCUGUUGUCUGUGGACAGAUCUUGCCCUCCUGCUCUAGACUCAUCCGGAUUCAGCUUCAGUGGCCCUUACAUCUUGUGUGGUGACAGUUCACCGGCGCCGAGUGAGUUUCUGAGUCUGGAGCCUCCCUGUGAGGAGUCCGACAACACUCUCUCCAACUCUGACCCCUCUUCUCCCUCCUCCUCGGAGAGGUCUGCCCCAUCCCCCUUGGAGUCGAGUGAGGGCUAUGUGGCGAUGCCUCAAGUCAGUGCUGGCCUGUCCAGAUCAACAACGGACGACAGUAAGAACAUUGGUAGCAACAAAGGCAACAAUGUCGUCAUCAUGGCAUGGCCCAAGUCAGAGCUCCUCCCACCCCAACCUAGCUCUAUGUCCACCUGCUCACCACCCAGUGAGAAUGAAGGCCCUCCUCCAGCGUACAUGCCCACCACCACCACCCCCUUCACCUUGCCCCCAGUGGACCCUACCCUUCAUACCUCUGGGUACUGCUUCCUCCCGGCUCUACAGGCACUUGAGGGCUGGGGCCAUAUGCAUUCUUCUGGGCCACCUAAAGGGGGUAGUCAAGAGCAGCAGGCAGGGAGGAGAGAGAGGAGGCAGGAGGAGCAGUGCAAGGAGGAUCCCUAUGUCAGACUGUCCCAGCUAGCCACUUAGCUAACCCAAUCUAAUGCUGGAAUACAUGCUCAGGACAUGAGGGCCUCUAUAGGCCACUGUUCUCAAUAUUUGAUCCAUUCUAACACUAACACACCUGACUCAACUAAUCACAAGAGCUUGAUUAUUAGUUGGGCUAGUUCAAUUAGGUGUGUUGGUGUUGGAAUGGACCACGUGUAAAACUAGUGAUUUGUGGUCACCGAAGACUGGGUUGAGAUUGAGAAACACUUCUAUUUCUAGGAGGGAAAACUGUGGCGCCUCAUACAAUAGCCUCCCUUGAUUACUCACAAUGCCCAGCAGAUGGCAACACUGUACUUACUGUGUAUCUGUUGAACUCAGAGGUGGCCUAUGGAUUCUACUGUAAGGACUAACUACAAACACAGAAGCAUAGUGCAGUAAGCCAUUCCCCUCUGGGUGGUAAAGUGACUCAGGGCCAGAAUCCCAGGUUUCCACCACAUCACAUGGAUGGUACAUGUGUAACAGGGUGGCACUGUUGAGUUGGUGAGCGCAGCCUUAAGCCUCUGUCAGUGCCGGUGGCUGUUCCUGUCGUUCUACAGCAGGGGUCGGCCCACGGGCUGCAAAGUGUUGUGUUACAGAACCAAAUCAAAUGUAAUUUGUCACAAGUUCCGUAAACAACAGGUGUAGACUAAACAACAGGUGCUUAAUUUACAGGCCCUUCCCAACAAUUGCAGAGAGAAAAAUAUAGAAAGAAAAUAAC